GUCCUCUUCCUAGGCCCAGUUGCCUCCAUCCAGCUCUGACACCGAGCUUCCAGCCUCAGUCUGCGUCUGUGAAUGGAGCUCAGUGGUGACCUUGGGCCCUUCAGGUGCCCACGACAAAGAAGGUGCCGUGGGGAUGUGGAGACAGGCGUGGUGCGCAGCCCCUUCGAGUACCCGCAGUACUACCUGGCCGAGCCCUGGCAGUUCUCCAUGCUGGCCGCCUACAUGUUCCUGCUCAUCGUGCUCGGCUUCCCCAUCAACUUCCUCACGCUCUACGUCACCGUGCAGCACAAGAAGCUGCGCACGCCCCUCAACUACAUCCUGCUCAACCUGGCUGUGGCUGACCUCUUCAUGGUCCUUGGGGGCUUCACCACCACCCUGUACACCUCCCUGCAUGGCUACUUCGUCUUCGGGCCCACGGGAUGCAACGUGGAGGGCUUCUUUGCCACGCUGGGCGGUGAAAUUGCGCUGUGGUCCCUGGUGGUCCUGGCCAUCGAGCGGUACGUGGUGGUGUGCAAGCCCAUGAGCAACUUCCGCUUCGGCGAGAACCACGCCAUCAUGGGUGUUGCCUUCACCUGGAUCAUGGCCCUGGCCUGCGCCGCGCCGCCCCUCGUCGGCUGGUCCAGGUACAUCCCUGAGGGCAUGCAGUGCUCGUGCGGAAUCGACUACUACACGCUCAAGCCCGAGGUCAACAACGAGUCGUUCGUCAUCUAUAUGUUCGUGGUCCACUUCACCAUCCCUUUGAUCAUCAUCUUCUUCUGCUACGGGCAGCUCGUCUUUACUGUCAAGGAGGCAGCUGCCCAGCAGCAGGAGUCGGCCACCACGCAGAAGGCAGAGAAGGAAGUGACCCGCAUGGUCAUCAUCAUGGUCAUCGCCUUCCUGAUCUGCUGGGUGCCCUACGCCAGCGUGGCGUUCUACAUCUUCACCCACCAGGGCUCCAACUUCGGGCCCAUCUUCAUGACCAUCCCGGCGUUCUUCGCCAAGAGCUCCUCCAUCUACAACCCUGUCAUCUACAUCAUGAUGAACAAGCAGUUCCGGAACUGCAUGCUCACCACCAUCUGCUGCGGCAAGAACCCACUGGGUGACGACGAGGCCUCUGCCACCGCUUCCAAGACGGAGACCAGCCAGGUGGCCCCGGCCUAAGCACUGCCAGGGACUCCGUGGCCGACUGUAGGAGUCUCCCAUCCCUCACACCCCACCCCCAGCCACAGCCACCCCACCAGGAGCGGCGCCUGUCAGAACCAAGUUUCGCAGGCUCCGUGAGAGGGUUGUUUUCCCCUAAAGAAAAAAAAAUGAGAAAAAUGAUGCUCCCCUCUCAGCGGGGCAGCCCAAGACGAGGCACCCACCGAGACCCCGACCUGGAGUCCCAGGUUCCCAGGGGCCCAUGGGACCUGCCUGUUUCCCUCCUCCCCUAACUCUUCUCUCAGGAACAAAAGAACUCUUGCUCUCUGGAAAAGUGUCCCAGCUUAGGGCUCAGAAUCUAGCACAGAACGGGGCACACAGUAGGUGCUUAAUAAAUGCUAGAUGGAGGAAGGACAGAAUGGAUGAAGGAGUGAGUGGAGGAAUGAAUGAAGGGACGAGUGGGCCGGGAGAACACACCCGCUGUCUCCAGCUCCCUUGACGGAAGCAGCUCGCACCUGGCUGACGAGUUGCAGAAGUUGUAUCUCUCUCCCUGGGGUCCCACUUGCUUCCCCCAUAAAAUGGGAAUCCUCACGCCCUGCCCGGCCUCCUGGCUGCUGUGUGUGUGUGUGUGUGUGUGUGUGUGUGUGUGCGCCCGUGUGAGCUGAAGCGCUCUGUAAAUAGUUAGGAGCGGUACAGACUGUAGCCAAUGUUAUGAAUAAGAUCAAUUAAUACAAUGCAUGUGAUCCUCUCCUCUCGACAAGUGACCAUUUGGAACUGGGCAGGGCCCCAGGCAUUCAGAGGGUGGGUCUCACCCAGCCUCCAGAGGUUUUACAAAAUUAGCCAGGAAUCAAGGCCAGCCCAGGACUGGGGGCUGGGCUUCAGAGAGGGACAGUCUCAGGACGCCGAGUGCAGCCCCAGGCCCGAUAGAACAGCCUCCGGGCCUAGCGUGGCCCCUGCAGUGUGAGGCCCAGGCCCAGGGCCUCCCCUUCCCAAUGCAGCCUGCAGAAGGGCAGGCCUCCCUCGCAGCCUCUGGGAGCCCCGGCAUCUCUGGGUUAGCAUGGAGCUCCCAGAAGCCCUGCUCACCUCCCACAUUUAAUGAAGAGCUGAGUCCCUGAUGUCACCCUUAUCUCCAAGAGCUUAGACAUUCGGCUGGGUCCCCCUUCCUUGGGACGUCCGUGGGGCUCAGUUUCCAGCUCCCCGGCUGGCCGAUGCCCUGUCUUCAGCAGCUGCUGGCCCAUUCUCCAAUCUGGAGUCUUUGCUCAGAAUUGAGCUGCCUCGGUAACUGCCCCUCCUCAACGUAACCAAAGCCGGAAACUCUAGCCUUCCCCAGUUCUGCCUGGAGACAAAGGCAAAUCGAGGCAUUAAAAGCUCAGCUCCUAUGCUUGGCAUUAA